AUUUGGGCUCAUACUAAUAAUAGUCCUUGCUGGCACUCUUAUAAUAGCACUAAAUCCAGAGUUUCUAAAUCAUAACACUCUGUACAUUGGAGAUAGCUUGAGAAACACUACAGGUGUACAUGAAGCUUCUUCUUCUACAGGAAAUGUGAACAUGGACUUUAAUAUUAGAAUUGACAGUGUUUAUUCCAUGUCCAGAAAGCCAUCGACAACAACUGAGCGUCUUCCAGAAAUAGAAAUUGCUUCAAAAGAACAUGGCUAUUAUCAAGAUUAUAAUUACCUUGGAAUAAACCAGCCCAUUUAUCUACUGGCCGAUUCAGUUAUAAAUUACAAAACUACACUUCAAAUUAAAGAACCUCACAAUUCAUUUGAUAACUUAGCUUGCGUAAUCCUUUUCAACAGUUUAGCAAAAUUUGAUGACUUUUUCAGACAUGGUCUUCACUCAGAGUCUCAGAAGCAAUGCUUCACAAAUGAGAAUAGGUCAUCAGUGUCAUGGUCAUUCAGUAUAGCAGAAGAGUCUCAGUAUUAUGUUGGCAUUUCCAUCAAAAGAGGUGUGACAGUAACUAGUAAUGUAUCAAUCGACCGUGCUUAUUACAAUCUAUCACAAACAGCAAGAAACAUCUGCACUAACUCACUAUCCUGUAAUAUAACAGUCUGUAGUAACAUACUACUUUGUGAAAAGUCAUACAUCAUCAUAAAGACCAAAGGUAUCACUGAAGUGGCUCUAUUGGAAUAUGAUAUAUCAUUGAGACAAUGGACAAUAAGAGCAAGUAUUGUACUGCUCCCUUUGUGCAGUCUAGCACUGAUAAUCAUUGUAUCCAGUUACAUUAGAUGCUACAAGUGUCAUCAAGAUACCAAAAGAAGAGCUGAUGAUGAUAGCGCUAGUGUUGCCAGUUCUUCAUUGCUUGAAAUGGAAACACCUUUUGAUGAUGAUGAUGAUCGCAUUAAAUUGAUUCCUGAUUCAAAUCAAAGACCACCCAGCAGAAAUGAGGAUGAAAGAAAUGAAGAAAGUGACAUUUCUCAGCACAAUAGGACUUCAUCAAUUCCAAUUCCACUGAGUGAAGAGCUAUUACAAAAUGCCAAAGAUACAUUUGAUGAAACUCCAAAGCUACAAGUAGGUAGUAAUCGAACAGAAUAUCACAGCAGUCAGUAUGGAGUGACUCUCAUUAUUCCAGAGGGAGCAGUGCAAGGAUCAGCUACUGUAUGGUUUGGAGCAGUUCUCUUCAGUGAUAAGUUUGAGUUUGGUGAUUAUGUACGUGUAUCCCCCAUAGUGUGGGUCCACAGUGAUAGAGAGUUGGAUAAAUGUGCUGAGUUGUAUAUUCCUCAUGACAUUGUCACCAACAGUGAAGAUGAUCUACAGAAAUUCACCCUAUUAGAGUUUGACAAAAUUUCAAAUAUUUGCACAGAUAAAUUUAAUGUUGGUCAACAUGAUAGAAUGAAGUGGGGCUCUAGACAGCUAGUCAAAAUUGAGUGUCAGGAUUUUCAUUCUUAUUGCAUUGCUGUUCAUAAGAAUCUCUUUGAUAUUGUUUCAAAGCAAUACUUGAUGGCAAUAAUUGAAAAAAAGAAUGAAAAAGAAGAGCUGCUAGUUGACUUCAUUCUCAUAUGCCGUCAGCAAGGAUGGAAAAAGAUAAUAGCCCAGUGAGAUCAGGAAGGAUUUAAGAUAGUGAAAUAUGAGCCAGUUUCAUUCAAAAGAGGUCAUGAACUUGAAUUAUCUGUUCCAUUUGAAGCACAACAUAUCAACAAUAUGA